GGCAGAAGCGAAAACCAUGCCAAGCGACUGGGUCUGCGACGAGUGCGAGCAAGAGAACACGGGCGACGACGCCGAGUGCGUCGCCUGCGAGAACCCGCGCCCCACGGCCUCUCCGUACGCUGGCUACAAGGUCGCGCGCGUUGUCGCCGUCGAAGCCAUCCCCAAGACGAAGCUCCGAGCGGUCAAGGUGCAGGUCGACGCCACAACCGAGCUGACGAUCGUCACGAACGCGCGCGUGGACGCGGGCGAAGAGCGCCACAUCGUCGUGGCCACGAUCGGCUCGACCGUGACCAUCGACGGCGAAGAGGUCGAAGUCAAGAAGGCGACCGUUGGUGGGCGCAAGUCGGAAGGCAUGCUCGUGGACGCGCCGAUGCUUGGCUGGAAGGGCGGCGCCGCGGGCGCAGCAGUCUUCCUGCCCAACACAUUUGCCAUCGGGUCGGAGCCGCCGGCGUCGCGUCCGUAGAGUCUUGGUGUAUGCAAUAGAACCUCCUCUUCCAUAUGCA